AUGAAUUCUUUAUUAAAGAUCAAAACAAAACAAUUUCAGUCUUUGAAGGCAUUCCAUAUGCAAGACCUCCGACAGGAGAUCUUAGAUUCAAAAGAGCAGUUCCUGCCGACAAAUGGACCGGAAUUUGGGACGCAACUCAUCAGUUUAUAUAUUUAUUUGUAUGGCAUGUUAGCCAGGUCGUGGUGUACUCAACCGGAUGAAGACAAUAUAAGCGAAGAUUGUCUUUUCCUUAAUAUAUACGUUCCCCACAAUCGGUUUGAUAAUCAAACAAAGCAGAUGAAGAAAAGUGUAAUGUUCUGGGUACAUGGUGGCAGUUUUAUCACAGGCUCAAUAUUUAGCCAACAGUUUAACGCCACAUACUUGUCAUCCAUGGGUGAUGUGGUGGUGGUUGAGGCCAAUUAUAGACUUUCAGCAUUUGGUUUACUAUACGAUGGCAGUGAAGAGGCGCCGGGAAAUCAAGCCCUCUCUGAUCUCUUGAUAGCACUUAAAUUUGUUAAGAAUAACAUUGAAUUCUUUGGCGGAGAUCCCAAUUCUGUGACUUUAUUUGGCGAAAGCGCGGGAAGUAUGGCUGUAUCGGCACUAAUACUGAUAAAGAAUGAGAAUCUGUUUAACAGAGCAAUAAUGCAAAGCGGAUCCGUUGACUCAUACCUUGGAAGUGAAGCCAAAGAAUCGGCACUCAUUAAGGCUCAAGACUUAGCCAAAGAAUUCAAAUGUUUUGAUGAAUUAACAAACAAAAUCAAUAUAUCGUGUCUCAGAAAUGCUGAUCCAAAACAAUUAGCUACCAGUUGUAAUAAAAUGAGAUAUAAUAAUCAAUUCUUUACGCCGAUAUUUGGUGAAGACUUAUUACCAAUCAAACCAUCAAUAGUUCUCGAGAAAGGAGAAUUCAACAAAAACAUUAGUCUAUUGUUUGGGACGUGUAAUGACGAGGGAUCGGGAUUUGUUUCAAGCUUUGGAUUUCAAGACUUGAGUUCCAGCAGUCCCAAUUCGUCCAUGAACUUGGAGAAAGCUCAUUUUAUGAUAGAAUUAUUGUUUGGUGUAAUGAAAGUCUCUUAUAGCAAAGAAGUGGCAGAUUUUUAUACAAAAGGUCUAACAGAUAAUGACGGAUAUGAACUAAAGAAAGCGGUGUCCAAUGCCUUUGGUGAUUACCAAUUGACCUGUCCCACCAUUAGAUUUGGGGCACACCUUGCAGUCAAUGACAAUUCAUAUGCAUAUCGAUUAACAUUUAGCACAAGAGAUAACUGGACGGGUGUCCAGCACGGGGAUGAGUUGAAGUAUGUGUUUGGAAAUCCUUUUUUGUAUCCAAAUGACUACAGUAAGGAUGAGAAGCAAUUAAGUUUGACUUUCAUUCAAACGUGGACCACAUUUGCCAAAACGGGAAAACCCCCGCAAAUACACAGAACUCAUUGGCCACAAGCUAUUGACAAGAAAAUUACAGAUUAUUCG